AUGCACAAGAUCAGCAACUUCACCGGCCAGGCCCGUCAUGGCUGGGAACGGAUGACUCCUGCGGCGUUUGGCAUGUCGAGGUUUCACCAGGACAUGCCCACGCCGCAACCAUUGAGACGUCCGCAGGGCUCGCCAGGAAUCGUAUCUCAGCCGGCGUCCGAGGCCUCGCCCGUCAACCUUUCGUUCAAUGUGCCCUUUGCCUCAAACCUUGCCGGCCCAGAGCCCGAUGAGAUCCUACACUCGAGUCCUGGCGCUUUUCAGCGAUGGACCUUCCCAGCGGGAACACCAGAGGGCACGCCUACUCACAAGUUACCGGUACACGUGCAAAAUGAGGAUACACUGCGUUCGUUAUGUGCCUACAUUAGUGAACAGAGUGGAGGACACAUUCAAGCUACUGUCACCUCGUCAGAACCUAAGACUGGACCAGCUCUGCACAGAAAAUCUCAAGGGCUGGUGACCAAUGUGUGCAUAUCGGGUGAUGGAGAUUUGGUGUUUAAGAUGCGAGCAAAGAUCCUGAAUGAGACGCCGAUCAUGAUGCGCUCAGCAAUUGUGGACAUUGAUCCAGGCUUGAUUCUUGACGGAGCCGAGACUGGCAUCCGCUCCAGUGUCCUCAGUCACAUUGACCUUUGUGCCAAAUACACGGGCACAGACAUAUUCCUUCUCAAGCCCCGAAGUGCUGAUACAUCCUUGGCCAAUCCCGCUUACAGCGAGGAGACCGACAGUGGUCUGGACCAACGGUAUCGAGUCAACAUUUUUGGUGACAUGGAGAGCGUUGAACAUGCGAAGACCCGAGCUCUGAUGAUGAUCGACCAGAUUCUCAAACACAAAAUCGAUGUGAUCAAACUUGAGGUGUCGAUGCACACGUUGGUUUCCGGUCGUACCGGCAAGAACAUCAAAAUGAUCGAGUCAGCUACCAAGACCGCCAUAUACUUUCCGCCUCCGUUCCCUGGGGUCUUUGGCUACGUCCCUCCUCAUGCCACACGCCGGGCGGCAGACGAGAUCUUUAUUACCGGAGAGACACAGGAGCGCAUCAACCAGGCAAAGCAGAAACUGAAAGAGCUGGUGAUGAGCAUCAAACUCUACUCCAAGGAUGCUGUGGUGUCUGCAAGCAAGAUUGACAACAUCUUACUCGACCGACUCGAGAAGGUACGCAAGAUCAUGGAGACAAACGGCUCCCACGUCUUGUUCCCUCAGCUUGGUAGCCAGAGAGGUCUUGUCCGCGUGCAAGGUACUGAAGUUUUACAUGUGGAGAGGACAGUGAAGGAAAUCAUGGCACUCGCUGGUCAAUUCUUCAGCGCAUCCUGGUGGAUCAUGAUGCCAGAUCCCUCCCAGGGUCCCACCCUUCGGGCUCCGUCACCGGAGGACAUUCGGAUCAUGCUGAGCGAUAUUUGCACCAACUCUGGUGCCGAGAUCAGCUUCGAGAAGUUCACAUUCACAAUCAAUGGCUCCGAUGACGCCGUAAAAGCCGCAAUGAUGGUGAUCAAUCAAAUUCCCUUCGUGAAGAAGACUCCAUAUCAGAUGCGAGUCAAAAUUGAGCUGGCCAACGAGCACAAGGAGUUCGUCAGUGGUAAGAAGAACGGCAAAAUCAACAAGAUCAUGGGUCAAAGCAAUGUCCAGAUCAUCUUCGACGGUUUCAACGAGUACAACUUCUAUAUUGACGUUGUAGGCAGCCAGUACGAGGCUACCAAGAACGGUUUAGACCUUGUGGAGCAGGAGAUGCCGGCGUCGAUCUCCUUUCACGUUCCUGACCAGUACCACAAACGCAUUAUCGGCAUUGGUGGCCAACACAUCCAACGCAUCAUGAAAAAAUACUCGGUCUUCGUGAAGUUCUCGAAUGCUAUGGAUCGUGGCGGUGUCGGUAAAGACGACGAUGAUAUCAAGGUUGAUAAUGUCAUUUGUCGGACACCAGCCCGAAAUGCGCAGAGUCUGGACCUGGUGAAGCAAGAGAUCAUGGACAUGGUGGAAAAAGCUGACGCCGAGUUCGUCUCCGAGACCGUCGUGAUCAACAGACUUUACCACCGCGAGCUGAUUGCUAGGCUUCCGGAAAUUGAGGAACUGGAGAAGAAAUGGAACUGCAAGAUUGAUUUUCCCAAUACGGAGCUAGCCAGCGACGUUGUCACCAUUUCCGGUCCCGAGUAUCAAGUACCCCAGGCGGUAGACGCUUUCUUGGGCAUGGUUCCCGAAAGCCACGAGAUCGCCUUCCAGAAGUCGGACGAGUUGGAAGCCUUUUUCACUAGCCCGGAAUUCUUCAACGAGCUCCGCCAGAAGUUCAGAAGUCAGUAUGAGGUAGACGUGCAUGCCAACCCGGAGCUUAGCAGUUUACCAAAGUCAGCGACCGCGUCCGUGGAACGCAUCUGUGGACCUUCAGAAGGGCGCCUGGUUCUCACGUAUACGCGGAACAAUGCAGGUGGGCUCAAGGAUGCUAUCGACUUUCUCAUCUCGCAGCUUGUUCCACGCGGGUUGGAUGCUAGUACCGUUCAGGGUGCCAUUCCUCGUCCGAAAUCAGACUCGUUUGAGGACUCGCUGCCGUUCUUCGAGUCAAAGCUCUUACAGAAUGCCCCCUCUCUUCACUCCACAGACUCUCCGUCACGCUCGAGCUUUGCCGAUGCAGAUAGCACGGCGGUGUCGGAGAGAGCAUCCAUCUUUGACCGGUUGCGCAAACCGGGCAGCCUUUCGUCAAUCUCAUCCUUCAUGAGCCGCAAGAAUCAAAACAACUCUCCAGGGACCUUCUUCAAGCACGCAUCGUCCAACGCCAGCAAGGCGUCUCUCAUCUCCAUGGAAAGUCGCGAGAGCGGAUACCGACACUUCUGGAACGAUAGCGGCGUCAAUCUUCCCGAGGAAGAUGCUUCUAACACUACAGUCAGUGGUGGCUGGCCAUCACGUUAUCAAGACAAUAAAUUUCCCUUCGGCAGUGGUGGCAGCAUUUCUGGAGACAGAACCCCGAAGCACGAGCCGCGGGCAAGUUUCGACUCGGGCAGGCCACCAACAUCACAUUCCUUUUCUUCAUACCCGGCUCCAAUUGGGCCACACCAUCACACUCAGAUCGCCGGUAGCGGGAACGGAUCUGGGAACCAUUUGAAUCUCCCUUUACGCUAG